ACCUGAGCCCAAGUCAGAUGCUUAACCAGCUGAGCCACCAGGCACCUCUCACCUGGUACUUUUUAAAAACCAGAUGCCUGGACUUACUGCAGACGUUUUGAAUGAGAGUCAGCCGAGGCUAGACACGGGCAUGACUGUGUGUGAGAAUUCUGUAGGUUGUUCAGAUGUGUAGCCAGAGUUGGAAAUCAGCAGCAGCAGCAUGAGGUGAUGUGAUGCGGGGCGUCUAUAGCUCCUAUUUCCAUUCUUGAAGGAAUUGUUGUUCUGAGUGACAUAGCACCCACCCAAACACACACCCGUUCCUUAAACAGGAUUCUCAUCUUUGCCUCGAUCGACACUGGGGCAGGCUUGGCUCGGCCUUGUGCUCCUCCGUCUGGGAAUAUUUGGCUAUUUGAACGAAGGAACAGAGCCCCGUAAGCGACCCACAGAACAAACACCCAGUAGAACAGGAAUGAGAGCCCAGAAAUAGGGAUUCCCCGACCAGUGCUGUUUAUGUUCUUAAGCCCCCAUGUGCACCUGGAGGCUGGUUAAAAUGAGGUUGUUCCGGAGCCUGUAUUUGAGGACUGGCAGCCUUCACUUGUCACUUGGAGAGGGUGACGCCUGCCCUGCAGAGCUCUGGGAGCCCAGCACACACGGCCGGUGCCUGGCAAAUGACAGUGCUGUUGAUGAGAAGCCAGCCCUGAGAGCCCUUCUCGGCCAGCGGGGCCGUGCUGCCCACAGAACUCCUCACCCCAAUUCCCAUUUGGUCUGCCAGGACCAGGCACUGUGCCCUGCCCCACAUCGGGGUGGUGGCAGUGGGCAGGGGACUGCGGUGCCCCCCCUCGGCCUUCUGCUUGCCCCCAGGGCCGCUAGGAGAGCUCUGGCCCCAGGCUUCCGCUCCUGGAGUCCUGUUUCCCUGAAUUAGCCCUCUCUCCGUGUCCUCUGCACGGAGCUUCCACCUGCUGGGAAGAAGGGCUGCAGACGGGAUCCUGGCUUCUCAGUGACGUGUGCUUUAGCGGAACCGAAGCUGCCAGGGCAGGCAGGGACAGGGGUGACGUCAGGAUACCGGCUCCGAUUCUCACUCAGGACUGGUGGGGGACCACAUGGGGCCUAGUCCCAACUCAUAAAGAGGUCGUGCCCCCGGGCAGGCUGUAGUUGGCCCCCCAGCAGCAUAACUGUUGCACGGGUCCCACUCACUCUCUCGUGAGGAUUAAGUUGUCCUCUGGGAACUGGAGGAAGCUUCCAGACAGGGCCUCCCCAGGAGGGUUCCAAAGCACCAGUUAGGUGCUCCCCUCUCCCCUCUUCUGAACACCAGUGAGGCCCCUUUCUUUGGGCACUUAUCCCAUUCUGCUCUGCAGUGUGGCUACUCGAGUCCUUAAUUUAUUUCACGGGCCCAAAGAAGUGCUAAACACACUGGCCCACAGGCUCCUGCCGGCGGGUUUCCGGGACCUGGGCCUGCUUCACCUCUGCAGCCCUGCCCUGGACACCGUGCCUGCGGUUCUCUACGCUCCGCCUGUGCAUGCACCCCUGGUUCCCUCGACCUAGAUGCUUGCCCUCACCCCCCACUGUUAGUGGCAGUUAGCAAGACUGAAGAAUUUUCAGAAUAUAAGACGCUGUGACCACAUGGACUGGCGGCUGCCCACAGUUCACCGUUGGGUGACUGGGUGGCGAUGUGACAGCAACAGGAGACCCUCAGCCUGUCGAUGUCAAGCAGAGCGGGGUCCUCACUGCUUGGCGGCCGGCUGUUUUCCCUCACAGUUCGGAACACACACCCUGCGGCUUGUUCCUAAGGCCUCCAGAAAGCCGUGGGAGGAACGUGAUUCCAGGAACUUCAGCUGUUUUGCACGCUCUGAAUGGCCCUCUUUCAUCAGGAUAUACAGGGACAAGGGCCUUUUUAAAACCAAAUAUCAGGAGAAGACAAGAGUCCCACAAGAGCCCUCUGCCCCCUGGGUGGGAACAUCGGCAGGGGACGAGGACUCCAGCCCAAGGACUCCCAGCCCCUUCCUUCCGUCCUUCUCCCGAGGGAGUGAGGGGGUGCGAGGCAGGGCCUGGGGGCAGUCGAAGAUGUGAACCCCGCGAUCAUGAACCUUUUUUAUUUCACGGACUUCUGCGUCUCCCUUCAGCCGGCUCCCACCUUCCGCUCUCCAGAGGUCUCCAGCCCAAAUCAGAAACGUAAGGGAAACCAAGGGGAAUUUUUGCCCAUGAUUUCCAAGGCAAAGGUCACUGUUAAUGGCUGGCUGUUUCCAGAGUGUUCAGGCUUCUGCCUGAGCGAGAGCUUUUUCAUGGUGAAAGGAGCCGCCCUCUUCUUACAACAGGGGAACAGCCCUCAAAACCAACGAAGCCUUCAGCAUCCCCACAAGCAUGCAGGUGACUUGCCCCAACAUCUUCAAAUAAUGAUUAACCUCCUGCGUUGUGAAGAUCGGAUCAAGCUGGCCGUGCGCUUGGAGAGCGCCUGGGCGGAGCGGGUCCGGUACAUGGUGGUGGUGGACAGUAGCGGGCGCCAGGACACAGAGGAGAGUAUCCUGCUGGGAGUCGACUUCUCUAGUAAGGAAAGUAAAAGCUGCACCAUCGGGAUGGUUCUCCGGCUGUGGAGCGACACGAAAAUCCACCUCGAUGGAGAUGGUGGGUUCAGCGUCAGCACGGCAGGACGGAUGCACGUCUUCAAGCCCGUGUCUGUCCAGGCCAUGUGGUCCGCCCUGCAGGUCCUUCACAAGGCCUGCGAAGUGGCGCGAAGACACAACUACUUCCCCGGCGGCGUGGCUCUCAUCUGGGCCAACUACUACGAGAGCUGCAUCGGCUCCGAUCAGAGCUGCGUCAACGAGUGGAACGCCAUGCAGGACCUGGAGUCCGCGCGGCCCGACUCCCCGGCCCUGUUUGUGGACAAGCCAACUGAAGGGGAGAGGACCGAGCGCCUCAUCAAAGCCAAGCUCCGGAGCAUCAUGAUGAGCCAGGAUCUGGAAAACGUGACCUCAAAAGAAAUCCGGAAUGAGUUAGAGGCGCAGAUGAACUGUAACUUGAAGGAAUUCAAGGAGUUCAUAGACAACGAGAUGCUGCUCAUCUUGGGACAGAUGGACAAGCCCUCCCUGAUCUUCGACCAUCUUUAUCUCGGCUCUGAAUGGAAUGCAUCCAAUCUGGAGGAACUGCAGGGCUCAGGCGUUGACUACAUUUUAAAUGUCACUCGAGAAAUAGAUAACUUUUUUCCUGGCCUAUUUGCAUAUCAUAACAUCCGAGUCUACGACGAGGAAACCACAGACCUUCUUGCCCACUGGAACGAGGCGUACCAUUUUAUAAACAAAGCCAAGAGGAACCAUUCCAAGUGCCUGGUACACUGCAAGAUGGGUGUCAGCCGGUCUGCCUCCACGGUCAUAGCCUACGCCAUGAAGGAGUUCGGCUGGCCCCUGGAGAAAGCCUACAACUAUGUCAAGCAGAGGCGCAGCAUCACGCGCCCCAACGCCGGCUUCAUGAGGCAGCUGUCCGAGUAUGAAGGCAUCUUGGACGCGAGCAAACAACGGCACAACAAGCUGUGGCGCCAGCAGGGCGACGCCUGCCUCCAGCCGCCCGUGGAGGACCCCGCAGGGUCUGGGGACUUCUUGCCGGAGACCCUGGACGGCACCCCGGAAGCCCAGCUGCCCUGCCUAGACGAUGACGCCCAGCCUGGGCUCCCGGACAGCAGGGCCCCAGGAGGAGCCACUCUCCCCUGCUGCUUCCGGCACCUCUCGGACCCCCUCCUGCAUCCCUCCGGCGAUGAAACUGGCAGCUUGGUCCACCUGGAGGACCUGGAGAGGGACGCCCUCUUGGAGGAAGCAGCAGAGGCGACGGAGGCUUGCAGGCCGGCCACACACCCUGAGGAGGCUUCCGGGCCCUGCGAGAAGGAGGUGAAGAAGAAGCUGGAGUUCGGGAGCCCCAAAGCUUCCUCGCCGCCGCAGGUGGAGGACAUGGAAGGGGAGGAGGCCCCCAGGGCGGGGCGGUGGGGGCGGCCCCCGCCCCAGCCUGACAAAAGCCUGCUCAACCGGGAGAACCUGAACAACAACAACAGCAAGAGGAGCUGUCCUGAGGACUUCGAGCACGAUGCUAUAUUCGGGAUCCUUAACAAAGUGAAGCCUUCCUACAAGUCCUGUGCCGACUGCAUGUACCCGACAGCCAGCGGGGCUCCUGAGGCCUUCAGGGAGCGGGGCGAGAACCCCGGAGCGCCCGCCAUCUGUACCCAGCCAACCUUCCUGCCCCACCUCACAUCUUCCCCUGUGGCCUACGCGUCCAGCAGGGCCCGAGCUUUAGAGAGACUGGCCUCUGGCCCAAGCGAAAGUGCCCCGUUCCUACCACCAGCAGGCUCGAGGAGGUCAGACAGCGGUGGCUCUGGGGCUGAAGCUGCCCCAGGGCUCCCAGCUAGCCUUUUGGAACCUUCCAGAGAAACUCAAAAAGUCCUGCCAAAGUCCCUCCUUUUGAAGAACUCUCACUGUGAUAAGAACCCUCCAAGCAUGGAAGUGGCAAAGGAUGAGUCACCACCCAAGAAAGAUCUGAAGCCGGCCAAGGACCUGCGGCUUCUCUUCAGUAAAGAGGCUGAGAAACCCACCACCAACAGCUACUUGAUGCAGCACCAGGAAUCCAUCAUUCAGCUGCAGAAGGCGGGCUUGGUCCGGAAGCACACCAAAGAACUAGAGAGGUUAAAGGGCACGCCUGCAGAGCUGGCCUCUCCCUCCAGGGACAGCACCGCCAGCAGGCUGGAGGCCAGCAUCCCUGAGGAGAGCCCCGCUCUGGCCCCCGCCGCUCCGCUGGGGCCCCUGCCUCCGCCUGGCCUUGCUGGGAGUGACGAGAAGUCAGAGGCCGUCCCCCCUCCGUUGGAAGGAGCCCCCCUCAAGAGUCCCACCCCCUUCCUCUGUCGCCUGGAUCACACCAGUCAUUUCUCAAAAGACUUCCUGAAGACUGUCUGUUACACCCCCACAUCCUCAUCCAUGAGCUCCAACCUGACCCGGAGCUCCAGCAGCGACAGCAUCCACAGCGUCCGGGGCCGGCCCGGGCUGGUGAGGCAGCGGGCGCAGGAGAUCGAGACCCGGCUCCGGCUGGCGGGCCUCACCGUCUCGUCCCCACUGAAACGCUCGCACUCUCUGGCCAAGCUCGGGAGUCUCAACUUCUCGACGGAGGACCUGUCCGGUGAGGCGGACGUGUGCACCCUCACUGACGCCCGGGACGCCAAGCUGAGUGAGGCUUCCUUCCCGCGGGAGCCGCGGGCAGCCCCGAGGACCCCGGCCACAUCCUGUCCGCCGUCAGGGAAGUCCGCCCCUUCGGAGGACUCAAGGAGCCCCUCGUGGGUGAGCAGAAGCUGACCCGCCUCUUGCCGCCUCUGGACGGAUAUUUUCACGGGAUCCCUCUGUUUGUUUCGCUGGGGGUUUGGGGCAGCCCCUUGCAUCUUGAUUUCUCCUAAACAGCUGACGCUCAGACUUUCCCACUCCAGCCACAGAGAGGAGGGGAAGAGAUGGAAAUCACAUAGCACAAGAGGAAAGGGGGAAGAAGCCAGUCGUGUGGCCCGGGAGAGCCAGAAGCCGUCGGCCAGUAGAUACGAAACCCUGACCCCCAAGCCCUGUGUUUUCAGGAAGAAUCCCGUUUUACAAAGAGCAUAUACAGAUGUGCACACACGUCACAAGUGCUUCCCCUGCACCGUGCGACAGAUGGCAGCGGUGGUGGCUCGUCGCCACGGUGCCCGUUCCUAGCUCAUUCAGGCCCCUGCGGGGAAACCCUCGGAUGGCAAUAUAUUAAGUCCUACCUCUGUUCUUGCCGUGCUUUUUAUUUGUAAGAUACAAUAGUGACCCAAGGCUUGUUCCAGAGAAUGAUGCUGUGUCAGAAAAGGUUUUUUCCAAGAGAGAAUUUUUUUUUUGUUGGUGUCCACCAAAAAAACCCAAAACCAUCCCCAGAAAGUGUUAAGACUUUUAAGUCGACUGCACCAAAUGCCACUAGGUAAAGUCACACCAAGUCGUCCAGCGCCACUGUUGAAGCAGCCCGUGGUGCGUGGCGAUCCCCUGCUCGGUUGACUUCUUUGUCCUGGUGUGUCGUUGCCGCUGAGUGAUGCGUGUCUGGCCAGCGCCGGGUGGGGCGGCGGCAGUGUACGUGACGUCCUUAGUCAUUGUUCGUGGCGAAGUUUAAGUUGCCCCCAGUCUGGGGAGAGGGAUCCACGACUGCAGGUCUCUCAUCUGCUGCUGGACCCAGUGUGGUUGUGUCGAGGCUUUGGAAGGGCUCGAGCGUCUGGUGGGGGCGGUGGUUCUGAGACUCGGAUCGAUCGUCCUGUUAGGAGCCCCGGCCCUCGGGUUUCUUAGGUCACAGGAGCGUGUGUGGGGAGGCGGAGGGGGUGACCCUCCCCGGGGACGACUCUGCAGCAACUUCUCAGAGAAAUGGGACAGUUGAAAAGCUUCCCAGAUGUUUACAGCUGCUCCUUCUGUGAGGACACUGCUUCCUGGUUGUCUCCGGCUCUUCCUAGCGGUGAGGACAGAGUAGAGGAGGGGUCUGGUUUGUCCCCGCCUGGGCCCCAGGUAGCCCCUUUCAGGAUCCAGUGAGCUGCGCACGUCACGCUGCCACAGGACUGGGGGCGGGUGGGGGGAGCUCCCCUGGAGUUGGGCAAGAAGGGAGAUCAAAUACUUUGGAGAGAGAGAAAAGAGGCUUGGUGGGUAAGGCGGAAAGGUUUCAUCCCAGGAGGAAACAAACUCUGAUGUACGGACGGACCCGUGAGCCAGGAACAUUUGUAAGAGGUUAUAAAAUAUAAUGAUAGGCAGCAGGGACCAAGAUGCUCACUCUCAAUAGAGAACGUUUGCCAGCCUGGGUUUUAUGGGACAACACGGGGCCCCAAGAGGAAACUGGCGACUCUGCUGCGGGCCUUCCCUGCCUCUUAGACACCUCAGGCCAGACCCCUGCCUUCUCCCGACCCAGACCUUGCCGGCCCACCCCUGCGCGGCUCUCAUGCAGGGGAGGGUCACUGCAGGUGCGAGGGUGCUGCCGGCUGGAUCGUUCCUGGGGUACGGCCAGCACCCCGCUGGCAGCCGGACUGACUCCACGAAACUAGAAGCCUGCGGGGCCAGCCAAGCCCUGAAAGUGGGUGAAGGAUUUGCCCUCUUACAUUGGUCAGACCUGGGCCCCCGAGAGCACCCCGGGAACAAUCUUCAGGAACAAGGGCAUCCACGUUCCAGCUAGCGGGUGGAGUCUGCAAAAAUGCUCUCCCCGGAGAUUUUCCUCCCUGGCAUUUUUUUUUUUAACAUAACAUUACGUUACAGGAAUUUCUUUUCCCACCGCCGUCAAUUCAAAUAACCUUAAAAGGUGAUUACUUCUUCCUGAAAACCCUUUUGGGUACCCCCCUCCCCUACCACCCUGGCCAAAAGAAACAUUCUCAGAAAACAUACCAAGUUCAAUAUGUUUUGCCAAAUUAAAUUUCAUGUGGCGGUUCAAUUUCUGUGUCAAAAUAAUCCUUUAGAUUUGAUGCUGACAGGCUCAGGUUGCUCUUUGAACUGGGUCUGUGUGUGAGAACAGGAUAUCUUUAAUUUUGAAAGUGUAGGAGGAAGAUUAUAAGUUUGAAUCCCCAUUUGUUUUCAGAAGCACAGCUCAUCUGUCAGCGUCUACACAGACCAGGACCCAGGGCCCCAGCAUCAGAGCAGAAUGAAGCCCUUUUGAUUUGAUGGGUACCACUCCAGCCUGGAGGAAAGGGUCAAAGCUUUUCUGCCAGACCAGAUGAGCAAGGGCAUCCCGCCGGGCUUGGGGGCACCCUGGCAAAGACAGACUCGCUCUGGCCCCCCCGGAAGAGAAGUUUGUGCUGUGCGGCAGGCCGUGUCUUGACCGAUGCCCCGUCUGUCACCUUUGCUGAUGGCAAAAAUCCUGAACACGGGUGGCACAAGUUAGAGGCGGGGUUUUUGCUGUAAAAGUCAUUGGUUUUGGGGACCACCCUCUUUGGGGACCACCCUUGCUGAACUAGAGAGCAUGAGUUUUCUAAAUCAGCUUGGUAACCUCCCUGAGUCUUGAACUGCUUUCUGUGCCCCAACUCACUUUCCCUCUCUUGCUUUCAUUCGCGCUGCACACCAGAAGUUAGACCGAACUUCCCUAGAUCUGCAUCUUGCGUUGGUUCCGGGGUUGGCGUAGGGAGGGGUCUUCUUGUAAGCUUGAAGUAUUAGGAGGAAACCGGUCACAGAGAGAGAAACCACCAUACCCUCUGAUGGUGAUCUGACAAUGCCGCUGUCAGUUUCUUGGCCAUGUAGCUAUUUCAGGGUCUUGUAGCAAUGUCCAUCACUGGGUGAACUUGAGAACAAAGUUUCUUGCUCUUGGCAUGCCCUGUUUCUUUGGUCCCACGAUGUGGGGACCAUGCUGAGCUCUGGGCGCCCAACAGCACGCUCCUGGGUAGCGGCACCCUGUCUGUCUUGCAUGAGACUGCUCGCUAGCUGCUCGCAGAUCACUGUGCUGUGCACCCGCUUCUGUUCCACCCCUCGCCUCUCACCAAAUACCCUUCCAGCCCAUCCCAGAGCCUUUUCCCUCCUGGGUAAGCGCAGAGGAUGCCACCAAAUUAAAAUCUCAAGGACAGCCCUGGACUUGGGCACUCCUGUCUCUCCACACCGGCCAGAUCCCAGAACAUUCACAACUCCCCCUGCUCCCCUGGGACCAUUUCUCCCCAGUGAGAAGAAAUGCUCUGUUGUCAAGGUCACAUAGGUGACCUUGCCCAAGGUGUCUCUGUUGACCGGAAACGCCUGGUGCCAGAAUACAUGCCGCCCAGCAGGGCCUCCCGCGGUCGCAGCGAGGACGGAGAGCUAGGCAGGCUCGGUUUUGUGACCCAGACAGCGUGUGCGGGCUCCGCUCGGCUCCCAUCCCCGCAGGGUUGGCCGACGCUGCAGCCUAACGAAGGUGGUUGAGGGCCCGCCGCCCUCACCUGCUCGGUCGUCUUGCCGUGUGCUCUGUAACUGAAUCCCUGUGUGUAGGAGCUCACGCUGCAUAGAUAGAUCGGUUACUUGAGUCAGAUCAGCUCGUGAGCCACUUCUCUCCCACCCACAUCCACGCCGUGUCCCUGGACUAUGAGGCGGAUCACCAUGCCCCAUCCGAGUGGGGUUCUGCAGCGCCCACCCCACCCCCAGAGGCAGGCCUGGACGUGACCUCCUUUAGUCUGGCAGCCAGUGGCCUCAGUCAGUCUCUUAAAUCAGAGUCUUUAUAACCAGCCCUCCAGCCCUCUGUCCUUUGCGUUGGCCACGCCAUACAAGAAGGUGGCCGCUUCCUCCCCCCUCUUCCGACACUGUAAUUGUUGUUUUACAAUUGAGUGCCUUAAUAAUAGUUUACAAAUACUGUGUAUUUAUGGGAAACUGUUACGCUCUCACCUGCGAUCGGACCUUUGCCUUGGCGGUGGUGGUGGGCAUGCGGGCCGGCGCUCUCCCUGCCCCGCGCAUGUGCUCAUCUGCUGUGGGGUCGUACGUGGGGUCGGGGUGGGGGAGCUGCAGGUGUCCAGUGGCAUGGCGGGGGGUGUCCUUUGGGCGGGGCAGGUGCUGGCUCACACCGCGCCCCAUAGCUGCAAGGAAAGCACGGACUCUGGUUUGGUAGCCAGCUGAGGGUGGCAUCCCGCCCCCCAUCCCGUCACACACUGUACUGUUGUUUUAUAGAGUUCUCUUACCACCGAGGCCACCCCGUCUCCCCCCUCUUGUCGGUGUCCCCAGCUCUCUGCAGCGAGACGCAGGUACGGACACCACCCCCUGGAAAAUCAGGAACUAGACAAGAUCCGUUCUUUGGUUUUCAGAAGCUGCCAGUGGGUUCCAGUGUGUGGUGUUAACGGUAUCGAUGAUUUUUUUUUAUUAUAUUGUUUUUCUUCUUGUUUUUUUUAUAUAUAUAUUUAAAAGGCAGUAUCUUUUGUACUGUGAAUUUGCAGUAGAAGACGCAUAAUGCACUUUUUUUUUUUUUACUUCUGUUGGUGUGUACUGUAAUAGUCAGUGUGCUUCUUGUGAUGAAAAUAAACUUGUCCUUUGUACACGU